AUGUUAAUGAAGAACAGAAGUGAUUCAAAAAGUGGAAGAAAUUCAAACAAAAUACAGACUGUAGAAUUUCGAGAAAGUGCAAACCGCAUCACUCCUUUCUUUGUUCAAUUGAACAAAACGCAAAAAUUCAAGUUGAUGUUACAAACGGAACGGGUCACACAACGUGUCUUUAAUUUCACGCGACAAAAUCCCAACCCCAAAGAAUCUGAAAACAAAAGUCAAACACUAACUGACCUUCCCCCCGUGAGUUAUAAUGAUUUCAGAACAAUAAUGAAUACAGUUUCUUUAAGUUAUAUCACUUCAUUGGACUGCUCUAAUAACAGACUUGCAUCACUCCCACUCCCACCACUUCCUUUUCUUAAAGAACUCGAUUUGAGCCAUAAUGUAUUGAAAAAGGUACCAAGUGUGAUAACUCAAUUCACUACUCUCACAAAAAUCGACUUGUCGUGUAACGCAAUAAGAACACUUGGCCCACUCAAAAGACACCAAACACUCCGGUUUGUCGAUAUCCACGAAAACGCAAUUACAAAACUGAAUUUCGAUAAAUACACCACCGCAGAUAAUUUGGUCUACUUUGACAUAUCGGAUAACUACAUUAAUGCACCAGUAGACACAACACAGCGGUACAUCUUCUCGUUCCCUUCAAUAUUCUUCCAAAAGAACCCGACGCUGAUCAUCGGCAAUUUGUACCUUGGCGCAGUCAAUGCAACUAAAGACACGGUGUUUCUGAAGCAAUUGAAUAUCGGCGCAAUCAUCUCGAUCGGCAAAAAGCCUAUAGAAAAGAUGAAUACCAACAACUUAUAUUUGCCGAUAGAAGAUGACCCAAAAGAGCUGAUCUCAGACGUCUUGAAAGAAUCGAUUUUAUUCAUCAACGAGAACAUCAAAAGGAAGCGAGGGGUGUUAGUUCAUUGUGAGUGUGGGAUCAGUCGAAGUGCAUCGAUUGUGAUAGCGUACUUGAUGAAGAAGAAUGGGCUGUCGUAUAAAGAUUCUUUGCUCUUUGUGCAGAGCAAAAGGCAGUGUGUGAUGCCGAACAGUGGCUUUGUGAAAGAGCUUUUGGAAUUUGAGAAGGAAGACUUCAGUUUUGGAAUCGAAGAGAAAAAACAAGAAAAAAGUCUGAGGAACCGGUUCCAGUAUUGA